GGAAAAAAGUCCUGAUAGUCUAUGCACAUCAAGAGCCCAAGUCUGAACGGAUCUUUGAAGAGGGUUGCUGUGGAAGAAUUGAGCAAGCAGGGCUGCAGUGUUACAGUGUCUGAUUUAUAUGCAAUGCAGUUUGAGCCAAGAGCAACAAGAAAUGACAUUGUUGGUUGCUUGCACAACUCAGAAGAGUUCAAUUAUGGUGUGGAGGCAUGGGAAGCUUACAAGAGAGGAGGUUUGUCCAGUGAUCUGAUUGAAGAGCAGAAGAAGGUGCAGGAAGCAGACUUACUGAUUUUUCAGUUUCCCUUGUAUUGGUUCAGCAUGCCGGCAAUCAUGAAGGGCUGGAUGGACAGAGUCUUGGUCCAAGGAUUUGCUCACGAAUUUCCAAAUUGUUAUGAUUCCGGUUUGCUCAAGAACAAAUUAGCCCUGUUUUCUUUCACCACUGGAGGAAGCAAAGAGAUGUAUGCAAAAGGAGGUAUCAGUGGUGAUAUUCGCUAUCUCCUGUGGCCCAUGCAGCAUGGAAUCAUGCACUUUUGUGGUGUCAAAGUCCUUGCACCUCACAUCUGCUUCGCUCCCGAGUAUGUCUCUGAGGAGAAGAGGAAGGAGAUGCUGAUUGCCUGGGCCCAGCGUCUGAAGACUCUUUGGAAGGAAGAACCCAUAAACUGCUCUCCUGAGUGGUAUUUCAAGUAAUACUCAGGGUCAAGACUACAGAGAGAAGAUUUUUUUUUCUCUCCAUUCUUUAUGGUGCUUUAUCUCAAUAGCUGAAUGCUAAUUCAAAUGUAUUAUAACUAUCUUGAGUACUACAGCUAGCAGCUUAACU